UACGGACCGCCUCUCUCUCUCUCCUCCUCUCUCGAAUACAAACCGGAACAGAGCUUCCAAUUUCUUAGCUCUACAUGGACUAAUGGAAACCACACCCACUCUCUGCAGCUUUCCUCCAUAUCCAUUCACUCCUCAUCGCCAUUACCGCCAACUCCGCUGCCGCAUCUACUCGCCGGAGCCCCGACAACUCUUUACCACUCUCUCCUGCUUCAAACCACGCCGUCGGCCUCGCCAGAAAAACAAGCUCGCUAAGUUCCACACCAUCCAAUCACCCCUCGAAUCCUCCUCUGACUCGAAGCUCCAAACUGUAAUUGAAAUUGAUCAAUUCACCGCCGAAGCCUCCUCUCUCGUUUACUUCGUCUACUACUACUCCCGUUCCCAAUUUCGCCAGUUUCUGUCGUCUGGAUUGGACGCUUUCCAUGAUUUGCGGACGUUGAUUGCUUUCGAUGACCAGAAUCGCACAUUGACCGUCUCUUGUCGGCGUUCCACUGUGGAAUUCCUAGGUCAGUUGGUGCUAUUCAGCUUCGUUGUGGUCUUUCUAGUUAGGGUUUUAAUUGGGAUCGGAUCUCGUUUUCGUAACCAAUUUAGUUAUGGGUAUACUUCUCCUGUGGUGAGGAGGGACCGCAGCCUCGGUGGACGAGAGGUUGUUGUUGGAACUGUGCGGGAUAAAGCUGUGGCGAAGAAGAACAAUCAUUUUGGGAUAUUGGAUAGUCCCCUAUCCAUGACGUCAAUGGCUCUGACUGAUGUUUCAGAUGAAGUUUCGAGGAAUGGGGCUUGGGUUGGAGAUAGAUUGCCAAAAUGGUGGCCUCCGGCAGUUCCUAGACGGAUUUCCACGGCGAAUAGGCAGGAAUAUCAGAUAGAAGCUGACAGAUUAGUACGAGCCCUCGUGGACAGUAGAAUGAGUGGGCGGGAUUUCAUGGAGGAUGAUAUUCUACAUUUGCGUCAAAUAUGCAGGAUGUCUGGAGUAAAAGUGUCCUUCAACACAGAGAAUAUGCGUGAUUCAUUCUAUCGAGCAUCUGUUGACUCUGUUUUUAAUAUCUAUAGCAGGACUCCAAUUAACCCUAACUCAGUUCUCAUUAAUGGUGAGAAUGGUCCGAGUUUUCUUGCUGGACUCGCUGAGGACAUUGGCAUUCAGAAUACUCGUGCUGCUAGGAUAAUUUCGGCUGCUGUUGCUGCUAGAAUGCGUUCAUGCUUUUUACAGGCCUGGGCUCUAGUGAUGCAAGACAGACACUCUGAAGCAGAUGCGGAGUUGUUGAAGAUGUGUCACAUUGUCCAGAUAUUUCCUCCCGACGAGUCGUCUCCUGAGAUGGAGAUGUUGACUCUAGGCUUGAAGAAACACUUGAAGGUAGAGCAGAGAGAAUGUUUAAUGAAUAUGUUCAUUAGUGUUUGUGGUAAAGAUAGUCAUAAGACCGCUGCAGAAGCUCUUGGUUUGGUUUGUUGGAGCCCGCACUGUUGUUCUAGUUGUUUCGUUGGAGCCCAAACUGGUUAGGUGAGCUCAGUCUUCAAAGUCUAGGCACGUAAGAUAAUAAAAGGGUGUUGGAUGGAGUUUAUGUAUGCUUAAAUGCACACAAAUUCUCUAAAAUUGCAAACUUCAAGAAUCCAAGAAGAGAAACAUGGCGCAAUCAUUCCUGUUGAACUUUGCUGCAGAGGAAGUGCUGAAGGUUGUGGUGAAGCUGGUGGCAGAGCAGAUCCGCCUGGCUGUGGGAUUCAAGGAGGAACUCUCAAAGCUGAAGCACUCUUUACUCAUGGCGCAAGCCAUUCCAAGGGAUUUUGAAAGAAGGAAGACAAACCUUGAAUCCCUGGAGCUAUGCACGAAGAAUCUUUGGGAUAUCGUCUUCGAAGCCGAUAUUUUACUCGAUGAACUCGCUUAUGAAGAUGUUCGACACAAAGUGGAAAUA